GUCAACAGUCAGCAAGAUUUGAAUGACCUUUGACACAGUAAUUAAUUUGAUACAAUGAUGGACCUUUUCCGUCACCGGAGCAUCAAAAAUGAAUGUUUAUUUAUCUACCCUAUCUUUUGAUGCGUAUCAAGAGAUCUAUGCUUCCUCAAAACGCACAUUAUUUUGGAAAAACUCUUAGUUAGCUCUUAGUUUCAAGCUUUCUAAACUUUCUAAAGAACAAUAUGACAUCUGUGAAAAAUCGUUUCAAACUUUGCACUUUUGACGUCACAAAUACUCUGCUUAAAUUUCGGCAGCCUGUUGGUGAACAAUAUGCAAAAGUUGGCUUGAUGUAUGGAGUAAAUAGAAAACCAGAGAAACUGACUAGAUCUUUUAUGCAGCACUGGAAAACUAUGAAUGCAAAAUAUCCUAAUUUUGGUCAAAGCAGUGGUUUGAAGUCUGAAUUAUGGUGGAAACAAUUGGUUCAGCAAGUGUUUGCUACAGAUGAUGAGGAACUCAGUAGCACAGAACUUGAUUCUAUAUCUAGCCAUUUAUUUGAUUUAUACAAGGGGGGUGCCUGUUGGACUGUUGUUCCUGAAGCUAAGACAAUAUUAAAAAGAUUAAGGCAAAAUGGUUUGACUUUAGGUGUUAUAUCAAACUUUGAUGAGCGUUUGGACUCUGUUCUGUUAUCUACUGGUUUGAAAUCAUUCUUUGAUUUUAUACUUGCAUCAUACAUUGUACAGGUUGCAAAACCAAGUAAAGAUAUUUUUAAUCUUGCUCUAAAUCAAGUUCCUGGCUUGAAAUCUUAUGCUGCUAUACACAUAGGAGAUAACAUAGAGUUGGAUUAUUUAGCAGCAAAAAAUUCAGGCUGGAAUGCAUUAUUGAUAAGUGAUAAUAAAAAUAGUGAAGAAAUACAUAAAGUGAAUCCCAGUGAUAUAAUUCAAGACGUUACUGAAAUUGAGAGACAUUUAUUAUAAUACAUUAAUUAUCUUCAGUGGUGUAGUAAAAAGGGUUUAUGCUCAUUCAAGAAUUAAAAAUAUGUUACUAUGGAAGUCCAAAAUUGGUGAAUGUCAACAUUCAUUGAUUAAUAUACAAACAUUUGAUCUUUUGCUGAUGUAUUUGCUUUGCAAUUGUUGACAUUCACUGGCAAAUUUCAGCAUAUUUACCAAAUUUUGGUCUUUCAUCAUAACAUAUAUACAUACAGGGGUGCCCAUCCCCCUAAGAGCGAUAGUGCUCUCUUCCCCUCUUCUAUUUUUUAAUAAAAGUGUUACAUUUGGGACCUGGUUUAGAAAUUUUGAGACAGUGUGCCCAACACAUCUGCAGGAGUCCCCUUGAAUAGCACAAACAAUGAAAAUGCUGUAAAGAGCAACCGUAAGCCUUUUAUUUUAAUGCUACAGGUUAAGGCACACUGAGAAUGUAGACUAUCUAAGGGUUGCUAGUAUGCAAAAAAUAGCUGUUUUGUGAUUAAAAACCACAUUGCUAUACACUUUAAGUAUAAUUCUUGAUUUUAAAAACCAUAACAAAUUAAAGCAAUAUUUUUGUAUAAUAUUUUGGGGCCUCCGGCACUAGGGGGUUUCUAAUCCGGGCUUCUUAAGCAUAGUAAUAAAUCAGGCCCUAGUUACAUCAGCAAUAAUACAGCGACAAGGAAAAUAAUAAUGGUGCUAUUUUUCCCCUAAUGUAAUAUUUUUAAAACUGAAAUAACAUUUUAUAUUUAAAAACAGGAAUAAUGCUGCAAACAAGUCUUAUACGAAAUAAGAAAUGCUACAUGGCCCACAGUUUAUGAACCUGUUUAAUUGCUCAGUUUUUCAUUUUUAAGGAAUAAUGAACUUGAAACUAUGCUACCUUCUUUAAAAGGUUAUUUUUAUCAUUUGUCAUAAAACACAUUUUACAAUUGAAUAGCAACGUGAUGUUUAGUUUCUAAAGCCUGCAGUUUGAAUUUUAAGUUAUAUGAUCUUUGAAAUUUUAUUUUAUGUCUCUUAAUGACUCCUUUGUAUGUUUUUAAAAGUUUAUAUGAAUGUUGCAUGUCUUUAAAUUUUUAUUUUU